UUAAUAGCGUUAGGUGGUUUGGCUGGCUCUCUUGGCUUUGCGUUGGCUUAAUUUUUUCGUUUUUCAUUUUCGGCCCCAUCAUAUCGGUUAUCGUAAAGUUUUUAAGUGGGUCUUCGCUUGGCGGUUGGAUUUUGCAGUGAUUUUUUCCUUCUGGGUUACGUGUGUCGUUCCAGAUAGAAACGGAAAACUUUGUGGGGUGUAAGUUUUUGGAAAAGUUGCUAAUAAGGCAGGUUCCAGUGAUAAGGGAAAUUGAUAAAUGAAAUUUGGGGCCUUUUUGAGCGCCUAGGAGUGCAAAAAAAACAGCACCAGAAAACCCAAACAAAGUCGCGUAACAGAAUUAUUUACGUGCCCGGGCUGAGUAAACUCAGUUGAAGCAAGUGCAGCACCAAUACGAUUUUUUGUUAAACUUACCAGUACAAUUUCAGUUGCUGUUGAUAGUGGAUUGGUCGAGCUAAAAACAAGUUCUUUGGGGCCAUCGCUAGAGGAAAUUCAAUUGCGAUCUUCUAUAUCAUUUCGACGAGGAGCCCCGGAAAAAGUGUGCCUUUGUUUAGGUGAUACGUAUUUUCUCUCCUUAAAUUGGUGAGAUUCCCGUUUUUUGUUGUGUUUCUUGAGGAAGAAAAAUCCUCCUGGUGCGUUCCAAAUUACAGAAAUUCGAGCCUGUGUUGCUAGUGAUUAUUUUGUGCUUUCCAAGAAGGAUAGCAGCAACAGCAGCAUUAAUUCGUUCGACAACCAAGUGGAGAAAAAAGUGUCAGUUAUUGUUUUGUUUUGGUGAUUUUUAUUUACGUUUGUUGGAAGCUGUCAACGAUGGAUUCUCUGCUUCGCCGAAGGAUGCUUCUCCCGAAAAGAUACGCCGAGCUGGUGGCGCUGAUUGCCAUCUCCAGCACGCUGUUCCUCUUCCUGCACACCCAAAGUCUGACGUCGCGACUGCGGGAAAUGGAAGAUAAAUUGCAGCCAUCGUCAUUAAUGUCGAGCAGUGGUUUAAGUGGUAAUUCAAUUAGUCAAGCUGAUUCCGGAAUAGCAGCAGCAGCAGCCGUCAAUCAGAACAGCCUGCAGCAUUUGCAGCCGAGGCCCGGGGAAAGUAAUCUGCACCAGGCAUAUUCGAUGCUGAAAAGCAACGGCCAGAUGCAAAAUCUCCGGGCACUUGACGUUAAUAACACCGCCCGCUCUCAGGCGCCAAUCGUGUUCUUCAAUCGGGUACCGAAAGUGGGCAGCCAAACCUUUAUGGAACUUUUGCGGCGCCUAGCGAUGCGUAACGAGUACACCUUUCACCGGGAUGUGGUUCAGCGUUUGGAGGUGAUCCGAUUGACCCCUGAUCGGCAGCAGGAGCUGGCCCAGAUGAUCACGGAACUGCCGAUGCCUUCGGUUUACGUGAAGCAUGUCUGCUACACCAAUUUCACCCGCUUCAAUAUGCCGAUGCCAAUCUACGUCAAUAUGGUGCGAGAUCCGGUCGAAAGGGUCAUCAGUUGGUACUACUACGUUCGAGCUCCCUGGUAUUAUGUGGAACGGAAACAGGCUUUCCCGGAUCUACCGUUGCCGGAUCCCCGCUGGCUGAAGAAGGAUUUCGAAACUUGUGUGCUGCAGGGUGAUCCGGAAUGUACCUAUGCCCAGAAUGCCGUCCACGAGGGCAUCGGAGAUCACCGUAGGCAGUCGCUGUUCUUCUGUGGUCACGAGGAGGAGUGUUUACCCUUCAACAGCCAGGGUGCCCUGGAGCGAGCGAAGUACGCUGUCGAGAGCCAGUACGCCGUGGUCGGAGUGCUCGAGGACCUCAACACCACCCUAGCAGUGAUGGAGCGAUACAUUCCGAAAUUUUUCGCCGGUGCUGCCGAUGUGUACUUUAAUGAGGUUAGCGUUCUGCAGAAGAUCAACAAGAACAACUUCAAACCACCAGUCAGCGAAGACAUCAAAAACAUUGUCCGUCGAAACUUUACCCGGGAGAUCGAGUUCUACCAGUUCUGCAAGCAGCGACUGUACAAACAAUACCUGGCCACGCAGCUUCCGGUGAACUGAUCGAAUUGAUGCAGAGGGCAGCACACAGUAAAUCCGAAAACACCACAACAAACCAUCUCGGAGGAGUCUGGUGACAUGGUCUUGAUAAAUUUUUUGACUCAAAACACAGUUUACAGUCAUACCGUUUGGUUCGAAAAUUGACCCAGCAAUCUUUUAACGAGUAUUUUUUUCUGAACCGCUCAAUUCUGUGUUUAUUUAUACAAAAAUCCUUCUUGAAUUUUUUAAUUUUCGGUAAGACAGUGUCACAAAAUUCCGACGAGAGAUCCUUCAAGUUCCACUUAAUAAUUAUUUGUAUUGUAACAUAACGAUAGAAGAGUUUUAAUUUCAAGGAUGAAUUCUUUUGUGAAAGAUAGAUGCACGUUUUACAACUAAGCUAGAGAAUUAUAAUGAGAUACAAACUAUUUAUGUGAACAUACUCGUUUUCCAGCACACCAACUCUCGAGUUCAAAGGGUUACUCUACAAAAAAAAGGAUUUUCAUUUUUUUAAAUUUCAACACUCAAUAAUUUUACAACACUUGUUGGCAAACGAUGCAUUGACGGAUACUAUAAGAUGAAUUGAGGAAUGAAGCUUAUUUUAAAUCAAAACAAUGAUAUUCAUACCGAAUCCAUGAUUUUUACUUUCGAUAAGAGCAUGUGAGAGCGAAAAAACAGUGAACAGAUUAAUAUGAAUGUGAUAAGAUGAUGAAAGAGCUGAAGCACAAGCUGGAAGGAAAUGUAUAAAUUUGUUGACGACCAAGCUUGGAGGGUCGAUUAAUUUUAUUUUAUUACUUGACGAUGACAUCAGAGCGUAGACGUUUUUUUAAACAACUAGUUUAUAGAUGUAUACAUUGUAGAAAAAAAUUAGAAAUAAAUUUAAUUUAUGAUAAA